AUGACCAACACCGACGCCCAAACAUCAGCUGUGGUGGGGGCGAUCCUCAAAAGUGACCAGGAAACAGGCGAGAAGCGAGAAGCGUAUGCCCUGGACGACACCAUCGUUGACACCACAUCGACAGCCUCAGGGCUGGACGAUGCUACCGCAAAAACCGCAACCGCAAAACCCGCAAGCAAUGCUCUGGGCAAGAAGAGCACUGUGUUCAUGACCAAGGAAGAGCGGGCGACUGGUGCUGUGGGGUGGUCUGUGUACCGUAGCUAUAUUAGGAAUGCCGGAGGAAUGUGGACGUUCAGUGUGCUGUUGUUCUGCCUAUUUAUGGAACGAGCUACCUACAUCAUGGCUGAUUGGUGGCUGGCCAUGUGGUCGUCGGCCGAAACAGGCCCACCGGAUAAUAACAUCGCACGCGCUGUGGGAUUGCCAGCUGGGG